AUGUGUGAUGGAUCUAUGCUUGUAAAAUUGAUGCCAGAUUCUGUAAAUUCUAUGUUAACAUCAGUGACAAGCUCUUUUGUUGCUUCGAUAACAUGUUUAAACAAUAAUGCUUUAACAAAAUUACAUGAUAUUUUCAAAUUUAAUUAG